CCUUUUUGUCAUCUUUCAUCAUAUUUAGAAAUUAUCAAAGUUCUUUAUUUCAACAUCAAGCAAUUUAAUAAAUAAAUAAAUUAAAUAAUUACUAGAGGAAUUCCAAAGCAAAACAAAGUUUCGUUUCAGCCGGCGGAACUAUUCAUUGCAAAAUGCAAACCCUUUUUCAGUUAUCAAACCCUUCUCUCCUCUAAUUUCCGAUCGCCAGAUAUUCAAAUCCUGCCACAGUUCAUUACAGCUGGAUUUGUUUCCGACCAAGAUCUCGAUCCGAAUCCUUGACGAUAUUACAGCUGAAAAAGCCCGAAUUUUUUUUUUUUGUUUUUACUUUUUUUGUUUUUAAUUAGAAAUUGGAUUGAUUUCUAGUUUUUUGAAUGUUUUACUAGUAUCCCAAGUCAAAUCGUUGAAAAUUCUGAUCUGGGCUCUGAUUCUGCCGUUUCCCCUCUUUUGGAUUAAACCCUAAUUUGAGAUGUUGAAUUCAAAUAAAGGCGGCGACUUUUGAUUUUGUUUGUGUAGCUCAAAUUUGAGGUUUUAUUUAAUGGCUGUGAAUGAAUUGGUUGAGCUCAAAUUUAGGCUUGCUGAUGGCAGUGACAUUGGACCAAGUAUGUAUAACUCUGGUGCAACUGUCACAUUUCUCAAGGAAAAGAUUAUUGCACAAUGGCCCAAAGAUAAAUUAAACGGGCCCAAAUCCAUAAACGAUAUAAAGCUGAUUAAUGCAGGAAAGAUACUGGAAAAUAACAGAACCCUGGCCGAGUCGAGAACUCCACUCAGUGAAGUUCCGGGUGGUGCAAUCACUAUGCUUGUUGUCGUGCGCCCUCCCCUUCCAAAUAAGCAUAACGAUAAAUUGGAGGAGAAUUCCAAAAAGAAAGUCGGAUGCUCGUGCUCCAUCAUGUGACAUGUUUGACGAAAAAUGGGUUUCUCUUCAAACAUUCUUCGAUACCUGCUUGAUUGCAUUUAGAGAAGCCCUUGUACAUGUUAAUUUAUAUUUUCGAAAUGUCUCACACGUCACGUAUGAACUGGUUUAUAGACUAUAGUGUUUGGUUUUUGAGAAUGUUGUACCUAAGUAUAGAAAGGGAUCCGAGCACAAAACAAGAAUCUACGAAAAAAUUGAAGAAACGUCAAAUUUGAGUGUUGUUUGUUGUUGGAUUGUACCCUUUUUGGGUGAUUUAUGUUUAUUUCCCUCGUACAGGUAAGAAUGUGUAUCUAAUGGCUUUGUCUCGAAGGUUUACAAUGCAAUUUGCUCUUUCUUCUUU